UUCCUUGCUGUCUCACCUGCUCGCCUUUCUUGGAACUUCGCGCAUUUCUCAUCUCUCCUUGGCCUGCGCUCAGCAGCUUGCUAAAUAAAGCAGGCGGCUGAGGUGCCUGCAGGCUGCUCUUCCCUCAGCACCUGCCUCUCUUCCCCGCUCUCCUGCUUCUCCAGAUCACAGGUCUGAACUCAACCCUUCACCCCAACACCAUGGCCCUGACUCGCAACCCCCGGGAGGCAUUGCUCUGGGCCUUAAGUGACCUUGAGGAGAAAAACUUCAAGCUAUUCAAGUUUCACUUACGGGACAGAAGCCUGCUUGAGGGGCGGCUGCAGCUGGCACGUGGGGAACUGGAGGGCCUGAGCCCGGUGGACCUGGCUUCUCGGCUGAUUUCACUCUAUGGAGCACUGGAGGCCGUGAAGGUGGUGGUCAGGGUCCUGAGGGUCAUGAACCUGUUGGAACCAGUGGACCAGCUCAGCCACAUUUGUCUGAACGAUUAUAGAGAAAUAUAUCGAGAGCAUGUGCGCUGCUGCCUAGAGGAGAGGCAAGAGGAGUCAAUCUGCGGCAGCCACAGUCAACUGCUUCUGGUGGCCACUUCUAGCCCAGGGAGCCCAGAAUCAUCUGCCUGCCCUGUCUUGGAGCAGGAAUUGGACUCUGUCUCGGUGGAGACUCUGUUUGAUCCAGGAGAAAAGUCCUACCAAGCCCCGCCCACAGUGGUGCUACAGGGGUCCGCUGGAACUGGAAAGACAACACUGGCCAGAAAAAUGGUGCUGGACUGGGCCACUGGUACCCUGUACCCAGGCCGGUUUGAUUAUGUCUUUUAUGUCAGCUGCAGAGAAGUGGUCCUGUUGCAGGAGGGCGUACUGGACCAGCUUCUCUUCUGGUGUUGUGGGGACAACCAAGCACCUGUCAGAGAGAUGCUGAGGGAGGCUGAGCGACUGCUGUUCAUCCUGGAUGGCUUUGAUGAACUGCAGAGACCCUUUGUAAGGGGCUUGAAGAGUCUGAGGCUGAGCCCCAUGGAGAAAGUGCUGCACUGUCUAAUUAGAAGAGAAGUGCUUUCCACAUGUUCACUUCUUAUCACCACCCGGCCCUUGGCUCUGCAGAAUUUGAAUCCCUUGCUGAAACAAUCACACCAUAUUCACAUCCUUGGCUUCUCUGAGGAUGAGCGGAGGAGGUAUUUCAGCUCCUAUUUCAUGGAUGAGGAGCAAGCCAGAAAUGCCUUUGACGUUGUACGAGGAAAUGACGUUCUCUACAAAUCAUGUCAAAUUCCAGGCAUUUGCUGGGUGAUCUGCUCCUGGCUCAAGGAGCAGAUGGAGAAGGGCAGAGAGAUCUCAGAGACUCCCAGUAAUGGCACAGACAUCUUCAUGGCCUAUGUCUCCACCUUCCUGCCCCCCAGUGACAAUGAAGGCUGCUCCAAGCUUACUCGGCACAGUGUCCUGAAAGGUCUGUGCUCCUUAGCAGCUGAGGGGAUCCAGCACCAGAGGUUCAUGUUUGAAGAAGCUGACCUCAGGAAGCACAAUUUAGAUGGGACCAGACUUGCUGCUUUUCUGAGUAGCAUGGAUUACCAAGAGGGACUUGACAUCAAGAAGUUCUAUAUCUUUCGCCACAUUAGCUUCCAGGAGUUUUUUCAUGCCAUGUCCUACCUGGUGAAAGAGGACCAGAGUCAGCUGGGGAAAGAGUCCCGCAAAGAAGUGAAGAGGCUUCUGGAUGAAGAAAGGCAGGCAGAGAAUGAGGAGAUGACCCUCAGUAUGCAUUUUUUAUUGGACAUAUUGAAAAAAGAGACCUCCUCGAACUUCGAGCUAAAGUUCUCCCUCAAAAUUUCUCCCUUGGUAAAGCAGGAUCUGAAGCAUUUUAAAGAACAAAUGAAAUCUAUAAAGCAUAAAGGGGCCUGGGAUUUGGAAUUCUCCCUGAAUCAGUCUAAAAUAAGGAAUCUGGUAAAAGGUGUUCAGAUAAGUGAUGUAUCGCUUAAGAUGCAACGUUCAAAUAAAAAGAAACCCCAUGACAGUAACUCAUUUUCUGUCAAAACCAGCUUGAUUAAUAGAUGGAAAGAGAAGGAAAAAUGUCCUUUUGCAGACAAAGAUAAUAUAGAAAAGACACAAAUGGAGGCUUCUAAUGGAAAAGGCAGAGAAAUGGAGAAACAAGAGAUGCUGAGAGUAGAAGCAGUAGGACGGGAAGUGGAGGAAUGGGACAGUAGAGCUGAAGGGUCAGGAAGGUUGGAGAAUCAGGGACAGGAAGAUGGGGGAAGACAGAGUGUAAAAAAAAUGGAGAGAUGAGAGAUUAGACUAAUAGGUACUGGAGAGAGUGGAAGGGCAGAAGAACAAGUAGAAAAGAAAAUUAGAUAAUACAGGAUCAGAAAACUUGGAAUAUAGGACAUAGGGAAAGGCCAUGUGGACUGAGUCCCUAGGAACAAUCACAUUUACCAUCAGUGGCUCAAAUUCAGUUAUUUAGCAUCUCUUCCUCCUACAGAAGCUGCUUAUAACCUCCUCUACUGUGGAAUUUAAUGUUAAUGUUUAUAUUAGUGACCAAACAUGUGAUUGGUAAACUAUGGAUUGUCCUCAUUCUGUAAGAUUGGAUAAUGUGAAGCAUAUUAAUAUCAACAUUUAAAAGAAAUAUUGUACUGGGUUAUAAGGGAAUAUCCCUUUGACUCUGUUUUGUGAUCAAUUGCUGCUUAAAUAAAUAGUAGCUUCCCAUCUUUCUAGAAACUUCUAGAAUUUCUGU